GCAUUUCUAGUGUUUGGUUUCCUGUGUUACCGCCCUUGGACUGAGACAGUGAAGACGGGUGUGGGUUUUUUUUUUUUUUGCUUUCCGACCAGGAAUAGGUCAAUAAAGGGUAAAGCGCUUGCAGGAAUUUCACUCAGGCACUUAAACUGGACUGCAGUCUCUCUCUGACGGACGGUGUGAACCAUGGCUCUUCCGUUUAAGAAAGAUCUAGAGAAGUAUAAGGAGAUCGAUGAGGAUGAGAUUCUGGACAAGCUGUCAGAGGAGGAGCUCAAGCAACUGGAGAGUGCUCUAGAAGAGAUCGACCCCGAGAAUGCUUUGCUGCCAGCUGGCCUCAGGCAGAAGGACCAUACCGCAAAAGCAGCCACAGGUCCUUUUAACCGCGAAAAACUGCUGCAGUAUCUGGAGAAGGAGGCUAUGGACUAUAAAGACAGAGAAGAUUACGUCCCCUUCUCCGGAGAGAAGAAAGGAAAGGCAUGGAUUCCCAAGCAGAAACCAAUGGAGAUCCAUCAGGAGCAAGCCACGACCCUUGACCCGGAAUUGGAAGAGGCACUUUCUAGCGCUACUGACACAGAACUGCAUGACUUGGCAGCUAUUCUUGGAGUGACCACACUAGUGAUGAGCUCGCAGAGUUAUGACGGCACCUGUACAGAUGGUUAUAACGAUGUUAUUAAAGGAGAAAAGGUAAAGCCAGUUUUCGAUGAGCCACCAAACCCUACAAACGUGGAGGAAACUCUGCAGCGGAUAAAGUCCAAUGAUUCCUCGCUGACUGAAAUCAAUCUCAACAACAUAAAGAACAUUCCAAUCCCGACUCUAAAGGACUUUGCAAAAGCCAUGGAGAGAAACACUCAUGUGAAGAAGUUCAGUCUGGCUGCCACCAGGAGCAAUGACCCUGUUGCCGUGGCCUUCUCAGACAUGCUACGAGAGAAUAAGACGCUAAAAAGUUUGAAUCUGGAGUCUAAUUUUAUCACUGGCACAGGAGUUCAGGCUCUGGUAGAAGCUCUGCGGGACAAUGAUGCGCUCACAGAGAUCAAGAUUGACAACCAGCGGCAGCAGCUCGGUACGUCAACAGAGAUGGAGAUUGCUAAGAUGCUGGAGCAGAAUACAAGCAUCGUGAAGUUUGGGUACCACUUCACCCAACAGGGUCCCAGAUCCCGUGCUGCUGCAGCGAUCACAAAAAACAACGACCUGGUGCGGCGGAGGCGAGUAGAGAAGGAUGUGUAGAGCAUAUUCUCCUCUCUCUCUCUCUCUCUUCUCUUCUCUCUCUCUCUCAAGCUCAUCGGACUCUUGUGCCAAACCCUCUGAGGGAGCCACUUCACCUGAAGAAGGGACACAACUGGAUACUUUGCCUCCCUAAUGUUAAUACUCAAUAAUCUUUCUCUGUAUUAUUAUUAUUAUUGGUUGUUGUUGUUUUUAUAGCUGUUUUUUUGUUUGUUCAUUUUUUGCAUGUGUAAAAUCUUUUCUGCUCUUUUCUUUGAACAAGUUCUUUGAAACGAAACGAAACAGGUUGCAACGGUUACACACAUGCACUCAAGAGCUAUAGUGAUCUCUUCAUGGAUGGGCUGGAUCAGAACCUGUUGCCCACAUUCACUCUGAACAAAUCUAGACUCAACUGGACUGGAUCUGCUGUGUUCCCCGCUUAAUGUGAGCUAAAUCUAGAUUUGUCGAGUCUGGGUUUGGAGCACAGGUUUGAACAGAGCCGCGUUAAUAAGUUGCGCUGAUCGUAACAGACACUCCUUAAUAAAAGACAUCUAUACUCUCA